AUGGGGAAUUCCUUGUCCAACACGGCGUUGUUUCGCCCCACCGAGCCAAGUUACGGAGAAGACCUGCAAAACCUAGUGUAUAUUCCUGAGUUACUGAACAUCGACGUAGAGAAAUUCUGGGGAGACGAAACGUUCGAAAUAUUUAACAAGGAGGAAAAUGUAAAAGAAUUGCAGAAAAGGAAAUUUCCAGCCAUAUUUUUAUACUCCAAAACCUUAAGGACCAAGCACACCAUCAUGUACUUCCACAGUAAUUCCUGCGAUUUAGGACAAAUAUAUGACGAAAUGUGUAACCUUCAUGAACAUUUACAAGCGAAUAUUCUCGCCAUAGAAUAUAUAGGUUUUGGGUUGUGUUAUUUGUGGGGAUCCCCUAAUCAGUACAAUAUCAACAGAAGAGCCCUAGCAGCCUACAACUUCCUAAGGUCAUUAAAUAUAAAAAGUGAACAAAUCAUACUAUUCGGUAGAUCCAUAGGCACAGGAGUAGCUACAAAAUUAGCCUAUAAUUUAAAUAUGCUUGGAAAUCAUAUUGGAGGAAUUAUUUUACAUUCUCCAUAUAUCUCAAUCGAAAAAUUAGUAGAAGAAUAUUUUACCUACUCAUCUUACAUCAUUGAAAAUAUAUAUGACAAUUAUAAAAAUUUGUCUGUGCUUAGUAAGGGUGACGACAGUGAUACUCCUCUUUUGCUAAUACAUGGGAAAGAGGAUGAAGUUAUUGGUGUUUCUCACUCCGAAUUUCUCAUGAAGAAUUUGAACAACAAGUUCAAGACGGCCUUCUACCCCGCUGACUCGUAUCAUAAUUAUUACUACGUCAUUGAUGACCUGGGUGUGCCGAGCAAGACCUUUCUGGAUACCCAGAGCAAAUCACGGCACGAGGAAUCCGUGGACAUAAUCGUGCCCAAAUCUUUCUUCAAAAAAGAGCUCCAAACACACAAAGCAGUAACCGCAGAUGCAGCGGGGAUGCGACUAGAAACCGGAAAAAACAAAUCCGAACGAACAUCUUCUGCACGGGACAAAGACCAAAAGAAGAAAGAAAAAAGCAUAGCAGAUAGUGAGAAGAAAAAGAAUAGUGUGAAUUCUCUGCCAACAAAACGCACAAAUGAAAAAGACUUAAAGAAGAACGAAAAAAAUUUCAAAGAAAAAUGCGAAACGAAAAAUAAGGAUAUCGGAGGGACCACAGCACGACGUGGAAAAGACAAAGUGGGGACCAUCGAACAGUCCUUUUCCAAAAAUAGUGAUAAAGAAGGAGAGUCCAAAAAGGAACCCCCCAAACAUAGUCAAAAAAUUAGCUUAAUAAUAUCCUCGCUAACCGACAAAGGAUUAAAGAAUUUGAAAAAAAAGGAGCAAAAGCAUAGUGAAGAUCUUAAGGGAAAAUCUAGAAAUGGUCUAAGAAGCCCCAGGAGAAAUAACCUCAACGCAUCCGCACCCCCAUCCAUAUCUGUGCCAGCAUCCGCAUCAGCAUCAGACAAUGCGAGUGAAAGGAAAGAGAGGAAAAAAAUAAUAAGCUAUUCGAAAAAUAAAAAUUCUGAUUAUUGCAAGACCAAAGAGGGGAAGCACACACAAGAGACAGAAGACAGGAGGAAGGCUGGUGAUGAAGAACCGUACCGCAAAGAAAUUAAAAAAAAGGAUAUACGGGAUAGUAAGGAUGCAAGUAACAGUACAAAGGAUAUCAAAUAUAAUGAAAAUACUUUAAGCGGUUGGAAAAAAUACAAAGACGAAAGGAGUCGUCGGGAACACAAACCGGAUGGACAGAAUAAGUAUGAUACUGUCUCCACAAAUGAUGAAGACGGAAAAAGAGAACACAUUUAA